GACCGCCCCUUACGUUUCUGCUGCCAAACCAUUGCGAAAUGGUCAUCGAAUUCCGGAGUGUGGGGUGGCGUGUGCGGCUAUACGCCAUCAGACUCCAGUGAACUGAUUGGCGGGAGAUGCACCCAGCGUCCAUCAUCAGGAACAUGUCCAGGUGGUACAAUGGCAACCUGCUGUAGGGGAGCCGUAGCUUCGCCAUGUUAUAUAGGCACACAGUGUGCCUCCGGAUAG